AUGACAACUUUGAUUUUGAUGAAGAUGAUAUUUCAGGCUUCAUUGCUGAUUAUGCUGUGUGAGGAACUUCUCAUGAAUGCUUCUGGUAAUGUCCUCGAUGCUGUCAUUUUGGAUCCGACCAUACCAGCAAAAAGCUUAAAUGAAAUCAAGAGCUUCCUUGUCUCAACUCUUGCCUCACAUGGGCAGUUGUCCAAGGCACUUUUAGUAUAUGAGGAGAUUAAUAAAGCUGGAUACAAUUUGGAACCGAAAGUUGUUAUAAGUCUUAUCGUAAGAGUCACCAAAUUGAAAGGAGAGUUGGAAGGGAUGCUUAUGCUACUUACAGAAUUGAGUGAUCUAGACUAUUGGGUCAAUGGCUGCUUCAGAGUGACCGCAUUUUGCAUCAGUUCUGCUAUUAACUUGUUCAAGAAACUGAAGGAUAAAUUUGAAAGUGAUGAACUAGUAUUGGAAGUUGUCUUUGAUGAAGUGAGUUCCAUCUUGACAACAUCCGAGUCCUCAAAUUUGCAGAUUGGUUUAGACUUGCUUUGGGCAGUCAAGAACAAGCUCCUUCUAAGUGCCUACACCAAUGCUGGAGAUUUGAGUAAUGCUCGUUUGAUUUGGAGAGAAUAUGAGGUUGCUGGAUUUCAAUACAAUGUGCUAAGUUAUUUGAGGUACGCUAUUAACGACAUGUAUCAAGAACUUUUGGCAUCGGGAGAUUAUAGAUCUGCUAACUUUAUGCUCAGCUCUGCUAUCAUCAAAGCCUGUCAAGAAACAUACUCUGGUCUUUCCUCUGUGGCAAAGAAGAAAAAGAAAGAAAAACGAGAGGCUUGA